AUUAUAUUCCGUGUCCUCAGAUCGAUAUCGUAAUACAGGUUAUCUACAGAACCUGAGAGAAAUCUUAACAAUAAAGCGCCGUGAAUAAGUUUGACAGUACAGGAAGUGUGUGGGUUCGAAGUUUGACGUUUCUGUGUUUUCUUUGGUAGUGUCUCUGUUUACGUUAUUGUUGUCAGUGUCGUGUGUAUUAGGAAUACAGUCUUGUUUACCGAGGAAUGAAAGGCUAGCGUAGUAGAUGAAUUUGUAAUCAAUUGACUAGAUAUACAGUAAUAUUAUGUUUUCUGCUAUGCAGAUGCCGACCAUGAAGUUCCAUUCAAAAUUUCGAUCAGCAGUGAUGCGCAGGGACUGAUGGGUAAUCAGCCAUAUUGUUUUAUAUCGCGGAGUACAAAAUUGAAGUCAGUAGUGCGCAGGGUGCGGAGUUGAAAGUGUAGUUCACAAUGGCAGGAAAUGCGGGAAUGGAGCAGCUAAUACCAAUAGUGAACAAACUUCAAGAUGCGUUCACUCAGCUUGGCGUACAUAUGCAACUGGAUUUGCCCCAGAUAGCAGUGGUAGGAGGACAGAGUGCGGGCAAAAGUUCGGUUUUGGAAAAUUUCGUCGGAAGGGACUUUCUACCUCGAGGUUCAGGAAUUGUCACACGAAGACCCCUUAUUUUGCAGCUUAUAAAUAGUUCAACUGAGUAUGCAGAAUUUCUUCACUGUAAAGGGAAGAAAUUUGUUGAUUUUGAUGAGGUUCGCCGUGAGAUAGAAGCGGAAACAGACAGGGUUACUGGAUCUAACAAAGGAAUUUCCAAUAUACCUAUAAAUCUUCGUGUUUAUUCUCCAAAUGUGCUGAAUAUCACCCUAAUCGACCUCCCGGGACUAACAAAGGUACCUGUGGGAGAUCAGCCAGCAGAUAUUGAGAAUCAAAUCAAAGACAUGUUGCUGCAGUUCAUCACAAAGGAGACUUGUUUGAUCUUAGCAGUGACACCAGCAAACACUGAUCUCGCAACUUCAGAUGCUCUGCAAAUAGCCAAGAGUGUUGACCCAGAUGGCAUCAGAACCAUAGGUGUUAUAACCAAACUGGACCUCAUGGAUGAAGGUACGGACGCACGGGAUAUUCUUGAAAACAAGCUACUCCCCCUCCGGAGAGGGUAUAUUGGGGUAGUUAAUAGAAGUCAGAAGGAUAUUGAAGGCAAGAAGGAUAUUAAAGCUGCUUUGGCUGCCGAGAGGAAGUUUUUUCUCAGUCAUCCAUCUUAUCGUCACAUGGCAGAUCGCCUUGGAACGCCGUAUUUACAGAGAGUGCUAAAUCAACAGUUAACCAAUCAUAUUAGAGAUACAUUACCAAGUCUGAGGGACAAACUUCAGAAACAACUGUUGACCUUGGAAAAAGAUGUGGAACAGUAUAAACAUUUUCGCCCAGAUGACCCUGCGAUUAAGACUAAAGCAAUGCUUCAGAUGAUUCAGCAGUUGCAAUCGGAUUUUGAAAGGACUAUUGAAGGAUCUGGUUCUGCACAGAUAAAUACAAUGGAACUUUCAGGCGGUGCAAAGAUUAACAGACUAUUCCAUGAGAGGUUUCCAUUUGAAAUUGUCAAAAUGGAAUUUGAUGAAAAAGAACUCAGAAGAGAAAUAGCAUUUGCUAUUAGAAAUAUCCAUGGUAUUAGGGUUGGCCUGUUUACACCUGAUAUGGCCUUUGAGGCAAUUGUUAAGAAACAAAUUGCUCGGUUAAAGGAACCGAGCUUAAAAUGUGUUGACUUGGUUGUAGCAGAACUGUCAAAUGUAGUUAGAGUUUGCACCGAUAAGAUGUCACGGUAUCCUAGAUUGCGCGAAGAAACUGAACGAAUAAUUACUACACACAUCCGGCAGCGGGAACAAAAUUGUAAAGAACAAAUUAUUUUAUUGAUCGAUUGUGAACUAGCAUACAUGAACACAAAUCAUGAGGAUUUCAUUGGAUUUGCCAAUGCCCAACAAUCUUCAGAAAAUUCCGUUAAAGCAGGACGUAAACUGGGAAAUCAAGUUAUUCGUAAAGGUUACAUGUGUAUACACAAUUUGGGAAUAAUGAAAGGUGGUUCCAGGGAUUACUGGUUUGUCCUUACCUCAGAAAGCAUAUCCUGGUUUAAAGAUGAAGAGGAGCGAGAGAAAAAGUACAUGCUGCCUCUUGAUGGACUCAAGCUGCGAGAUGUUGAACAGAGCUUCAUGUCAAGAAGGCAUACAUUUGCACUGUUUAAUCCUGAAGGAAGAAAUGUGUACAAGGAUUACAAGCAGUUGGAGCUGAGUUGUGAGAACCAAGAUGAUGUUGACUCGUGGAAAGCAUCAUUCCUGCGAGCAGGGGUUUAUCCAGAGAAGUCAACAGAGCAAGCCAAUGGGGAGGAGGUUAGGGUAAGUGUUGAGUCUGGCAAGAGUGGCAGAUCAGCUGUCGAAGAAGUGAAGUCAUCGGACCUGGGCGCUGGGGAAGGAAGUUCUUCGAUGGAUCCACAGCUGGAGCGCCAAGUUGAAACAAUCAGAAAUUUGGUUGAUUCUUACAUGAAAAUAGUUACAAAGACAACUAGGGAUCUUGUCCCAAAAGCAAUCAUGCUAAUGAUAAUCAACAAUACAAAGGACUUUAUCAAUGGUGAGCUGUUGGCACACUUGUAUGCCUCUGGAGAUCAGGGACAAAUGAUGGAAGAGAGUCCUGAAGAGGCUCUUAAGCGGGAAGAGAUGCUACGAAUGUAUCAUGCCUGUAAAGAAGCACUUAGAAUUAUAGGAGAUGUUUCAAUGGCAACUGUAUCAACGCCUGUUCCCCCUCCUGUGAAGAAUGACUGGCUUGUUUCUGGCCUGGAAAACCCAAGACUGUCACCACCUUCUCCUGGUGGUCCUAGGAGGACUCCAAUGCAGCCAACUCCUGCUGUUGGCUCUAGGGCUCCACCACCGCCACCAGCAACGAGCAGGCCAGCUCCGAACAUCCCUAACAGGCCAGGUCCAGAUGCUGCACAGGGCCAGCGUGCUCCCCCAUCACUACCUGGAAGACCUCAGUCUGGAGCUGGUCUUCCACCACCACUUAUUCCUUCGCGUCCUGUACCAAACAUUCCCCCCAGAGUCGUGGAACGGCCCAAUAAUCCAUUUCGGAUGUGAUGUACUCUAUGGAAAAGUGGAUGGUGGCAUCACUUGGCAUUGGGAACAAGCUACAAAGGAAAAGGCUCAGGAGCUUUAAUACUUAACACGAUUUGUGUGAAAGUGGUGAUGUAAGUUUCGCUGUGAAUGCAGAGUGCUUCUACAUGUUUCAUAAGAAGCCCACUAUAAGAGUGUGUUCCGACAUGUUUUUAUGUUCUAAAGGUGAGAAUAAGAUGAUAGGAUUGUGUAUUUGUGGUUGUCUGUUUGUGUGUUGUAUAAAUAUAAACCAUAAGUUGUUAAUUUUUUACAGAUUUCCAGGUAAUAUGCAUUCAGUGUUCUUACCAAAAAACACUGUGUAUAGUAUUAACUUUUAGAAGGCUGUAUCUUGAAUUACUGUAAGUUUAAAUAGUCCUUGUUCAUGCUGAGUCGCAUAAUUGUGAUAGGGAUAUGAUAAUUCUUGAUUGUGAUAUUGUAUUUAAAUGAAAUCUGUCUUCCAGAAGUGGAGUCACUUAUAAAAAUUGAGUGUUGUUGACAAACGGUAACAUUUUCUUAGGAUCAGUCAACAAAGCAAGACAAAGAAUGGCAAAAACACAGACCACUUUAUGGUGUGUGUAUUGCACUGAUGAUAAUGCUGUUUACAAUAUUUUCAAUUUAGUUAAUCAGAAUAAGUGUUAAUCAGAGUAUUUGAAAGGUUACAACAUUAAUGAUGACAUUGACAAAUCAUGCCAAAGUAUUAAAAAUCUUGUUGGAUCUUAAAAAUGCAAUGUGGCUGGGAUGAAAAGAUUGAAUCAGUCUCUCUCUCUCUCUCUCUCUCUCUCUCUCUCUCUCUCUCUCUCUCUCUCUAUCUGUGUGUGUGUGUGUGUGUGUGUGUGUGUGUGUGUGUGUGUGUGUUUUAAACAGGAGGAUGCAUUGUAAAUUGGUAGACUGCUUACUCAAAAUUCCCUUUCCAUUCUUUUUGUUACUGUUACUGUGGAAAGUCAUUUUGGACCAGCACAGAUUCCUUACUGUGUUACCUAAUGAAAAUUAGAGUUUUCAUUAUAAUUAUUACUGUAAUCACCACAAACAUGAGCCCCACACGUCAUCAUAAUUGUGCUCUUUUGUAUCUCAUUGCAUUUACUCAAAAUAUUUAGGAGGCCAAUGGUAUUCAUUUUAACUUGUAGUUCCUUAUUAAAUAUUGUUUUGGCAUUUUUGUCUGUCAGAAUUUUACAUUCUUUUCAAAUGGCUCUCUUACACCUUCACUUCAGUACUUUCCCAGGAGCGCACACUCUUUAAUAGGAUAAAAUCCUGUUAUGGCUAAUACUCUUCCAGUUGAGCUUACAUGAACAGCUAACUUAUUGCAGAGGACAUAGUGGCAAGAAAAAGCUUUCAUUUGGUCUGUGAGAUGUGUUCAGGUGACUCAACUGAACGAGUCCUGCUCAAAUAAGGCAUUUCUCAGAGUUCAAGUCUCCGUUCAGCAUACAGUUUUAACUUGUUUCAAUUGGUCAUUCUGAACAACUUGUACAGUCAUUGCCAUUACGUGCUUUAUAAAUGACUAUUACAAUUAUACUUCACCAUUUUUGCCAACUUUAAGACUUCUCAGGCAGUGAAAAGGUGAUUGUUUCUGAUUUAUACAUGAAAGCUAACUCAUUACUUCUUACUGCCUUAAGGCUGUGGAUUGGUUAGAAAUGGUUCUUAUAAAAAUAGCUUCAUAGUGAUAAAAAGGAAGAGAAGUUGCCUUAUUUCAUUUGUAAGCAUAAAACACUAUCAGUCUCUGUCAGUUACCAAUAUAAAUUUUGAUGUUACCACUCGACACUCAGAAGCAAGUUAAGUGAGUCUAUGUGGAAGUAUUUUGGUUAUGUAAAGAGUCAAAUAACCUGUUGUAAUAUGGAGAAAACAAAUUUCAUUAGUUGAGAUGGAUAAGUGGUUUUUUUACUCAUGUUCUGUUUGUUCCUCUGUUAGUGCUGACUCAAUUAAAUGUACUGCCCCUUUUUUUUCUGUCAAUAUGGGUCAGCAAAUUUGAUUUUUUUUCACGCAAGUCAUUAAAAUGUGUGACUGGUAUUUCAUUCAAGUCAUUAAAAUGUGUGACUGGCAGCCAUGAUAAAUUUAUACUUUAAGACUUUAUAUUGCAUUGUUAGUUAGUUCCAUUUUAUGAAAUAGCAUCAUAAUGACAUUACUGUUGAAAUUUCACACUGUAGCAUGUACAGCUUUCAUGAAAUAGCAUUGAAAUAUUUCACCUAAUUACCUGAUAGAGGAGAAGUUACGAAGGGAUAUAAUUUGAUGUAAAUGACGGAUCCUUAAAUGAAUGUCCAGCACACUUAAUUUAUAAUUUAUGUCAAAUAGCCUCUACUUACAAACACCCCUUAAAGUUAAUGAUAGUGCUCCAUUUCUCUCUCUCUAUAUCUCUCUCUCUCUCUCUCUCUCUCUCUCUCUCUCUCUCUCUCUCUCUCUCUCUCUCUCCCCCCCUCUCCCUCUCUUUUUUUUUUUUUAUUUGGGUAUCAGUGCAAUGACUGUAGCAUAUUUUGCAAUAGAUAUCUCAUAUUGAAUGAGAUUUAAUUCUUCUGAUAUAAUAGAUAGUACAUUUCUUCUUUGCAAAUACAGAUCAUUUCUGAGUCAGGGACACACUUACAGUGUUACGUUUGCAUUUGAUCAUAAAAUGUAUACAUUCACUCUGUUUCAGCAGAUACUAGGAAGUAAUCUGUGAAGACUACUUAACUAUAUGCACUGCAAAAUAGCUCUAGACAAGGUUGGCAGGCUAUCUGCUGAGUUCCUGUUGCAGUUUUCUGUUUACUGUAAAUGAUUUUACUCUAUGAAAUGAAGAGCUUGAGAGGUCACAUCAGAUAGUUCUACUGCAGAAUGCGAAGUUAACUUUGGUUAAGAAACUGGACUCGUAUCCGUGAGGAGUAGAGGUUGAAAUCACUAUGUAGCUAUCCAGUUUUAAGGUUCCCCUGGUUUUCCUAAAUUCACUUUAGUUGCAAGAUGUCAGGUUGUGUAAAGUGAAAUGUGGCAAUAAAUAAAUAAUUUUCCAAAAUUACUUAGGGGAAAGCUAGCAGUGGUUGGUUUGUUUGAUGAUUCCAUUUCCCUUCUCCAUCUCUGUCCAAUCGAAACUUGUGCUAUAUCGCUAACGAUCUCAUUUUGAUAUGAUUAAACCUGAAUCCCUUUUUUUUCUCUCUCCAAUACUUAACCUAAUGCUGAUUUCUUUACAAUGACUCCAAUCUGAUGUUCAGACAAAACACCUUAAGAAAGAAAUUGGUGGAGCUAUGAAAGGUCAGCCAAGAGAAAUGGAGUAGAGGGAAAGGGAGGAAGUGUGUGUGUGUGUGUGUGUGUGUGUGUGUGUGUGUGUGUGUGUGUGUGUGUGAGUGGGGGGGGGGGGGGGGGGGCUGCCAGACAGAGAUUCCCUCACUGCUCUUACACUCAUGUCCAUUUUAGUGGUAUAGCUCCUGGUCAUGUUCUACUCACUGCUUUACUGUCUAUGCACUGUUAUGAUAUUUAUUGCACCACAAGACUUAAUCCAUUGAAAACCAACACAUGAAAUUUAAUUUCCACAGUUGGUGUUAAAAUUUCCUAUGUUGUGUUGUUAACCAGGGUAUUGUAUUUUGCUAGCGGUGCUUAUGGAUUAUAUUUCUUUACUUAACUGGAAGGUUUCUUUUAAUUGUUUUUAAAUAUCUUUCCUGUUUUUAUGCUUUCUUCCCGCAGUUUUGUUAGUUAUUUCAUGGAAUAGAAAACAAUUUUCUUCAUAUGUUUUGAGUAAAACUGAUGUUUCAUUGAGUCUGAUGACAAUAAUUUGGUCUUUGAAUAUGAUGGUCCUAAAGACAAUUACAACUGUUGAACAUAUUUUUAAAACAAAUUGAGGUACAUUUUCUGAAAUAAAGUAAAAUCUAAGCUUGAACUUCUUCAGAUAUCGUGACCGAAUAGUGCUUGUUAUGAUCGUAUAGGGUGUUGUACAUACCAACAGUGAUAAUACAAUUAGAAUUCUGUUAAGUACAUCUCAUGCAAGAACUGUGAAGUAAUUAUUGAUGCUUAUUUUCGACAGUGUCAUAUUCUCUCUGUUUAGUAUAAUAAUGGAGGAGACUAUCAAAAGUCACUUGGGAAACCUUAACUUCUUUAUCGUCUUUAUUCUCUCCCACUCCACCCCAAUUUUAGAUGACUAGUUAUCUUCAGCAUGAAAUUUACUUUUUGCAAGUAAAACUCGCAAUUAUUCCUCUAAUCAGUCUAGUGCAUUGAAAGAGAACUGGAACAUGCUGUGUGUUCUUAGCAUUUCAUCUUUUUCCAUUUUGAUUAAUGACAUCAGAAAGAUAUGCAGCAGAUUGUUUAUCUUCUACAGAUUCUUUGGUGCUUUCACAGUGUUAGAUGAUUAAUGAGUUUGCCAGUUUUCAGAAUAAAUUGUUAGAAUCCACAAAUAAAUUAAGAGGAUGAUGAUGAUGAUGAUGAUGAUAUAUAUCUUGAGCUUCAGACUUGUUAGUCCUAUUCAGAAGGAGUCCAGUACACUUAUUAUGUUUAAGUCUGCUAAUCUUUAUCUGUUUUUAUGAUAAGUCUUCUUGUCACUUUCUUCCCUUAUUUGUUGCAUCACAUAAUAAAAGCCCCUUUGCAGUCCCACAGAUGGCAGCCAACCUUUAAGUAAUGAGAAUAGUUUUAUUAAUAAAUAUAGUAACAGAUCUAUUCCCAUGCCACCAUGGCAUUGACGAGGUACUCCUGUCACAGACCCAUCAUUUGCAAUUGUGUUGAGAAAUUCAUUUCUUGUUCCAUUCCAGUUCUCAAGAAAACUUUUUAAAAUUGCUUUUUGAGACAGUAAGUUCCAGAUCCAGUGCCAGGGGAAAAAAAGUCCCUGCCUAUGGUUCUUACAUAAGGACUUUGUGAUAUUUCAGGGAGGGGGCCCUCAUUCUGUCAGCUGUCAGACAAGUGUGAAAAACAAUUGUUAUUUGUGAGCUAGUUGGUCAGUGGUGGUAGAGUGUUGUUGUGUUCAUUCCACAGUAUUUGUGCACUUUGCUUUCCCAAAAUACCAUUCCUCAUCUUUUGCUGGUAUGUCAUCAUUAAGUCCUUGCUGUAAAUUGGACACAGUUAGUAAUUGUGCUCAGCUGUAGAAUUCUUUUGCUCCACCAUACUUUAUUAUUUAUAUGCAUAAUCACUGUGACCUCCUUUUUACACUAAAAAUGUACCCAUAUUGACUAAAGCAUGAUGAAGUGUGAACUAUUGUACAAAAGGCAACUGUGUGAUUAUUUCUAGUGUACCUGCAUUUUUGUUGUUAUAACUAAUGUACUUUUCAAGUUUGAGUGCGGUUUAGUCACCAAGUGAUCCUUGUAGAAUAUCUAACAACUUUCCACUUCCUUUGUAACAUUUGUGUGAAUAAUGUUCAGUUCCCGUAGCUACCUUUCAAAUUAACAUACAUUAAAUGUAUACCCACAUUAAAAUAUUAUUUCCCAGGAAUUGUUUUUACUUUUGUGCUCUACAGCACUAUGAUAACUAUUGAACUCACAAUAAAUUAAUCAGUAAUUUAUUCUUAGUUCUGAAGAAUUCUGAAGGAACUAAUGCUAUUGGCUUAACUGCUUGUGGCUCCAGAUAAUGAAUUCUAGUCCGUAUUAUUUACUAAUAUUUGUAAAUAUUUAGUUUAUAUAAUAAAGAUGGAAUAUUAGAUACUACACUCCAUUUGUAGUACUAUAUAACAUUUUCCAAAAUAAUCUAAAUGAUAUUUUCAGAUUUUAAUUACAGUAAUCAAAACGUGAUUGACUGAAAUAAGUCAGCGUUGUUUUAAUGCUUCCUCCUGGAAACAAUCAAAUUUGUUUUACAAUGUGUGUGUGUGUGUGUGUGUGUGUGUGUGUGUGUGUGUGUGUGUGCAAGAAAGCCAUUGAGUGGAAAUAUUAAUUGUUUGUAAGAACAAUGAUUUUGUAAGUAACCUUUCAAUGUGGCAACCAGAUGUAAAUAUGAAAGAAGUUUGCUGAUUGAGUUAUUGUACACAUUUAUGUUUGAUAGUGAUAUGGUUCCUGUACCAUAGGUGCAAUGCAUUUUAAAUUACAGCAGUUAAUAAAAUUUAAUAAUGAUGCAAUAUAUGCUUUGUUUACUGAUUCAUCGUACUGUUUUGUUUCAGUAAUGUUAUAUCAUUUACAUUUACUGAACAGUUGUCGUGACUAUGAGGAGGUUAUUCCAUAACAGAGAUUACUCCAUAUAGUUAUCUAUUUGUGAUACCAUAUAUGUCAUAUAUUAUAGUUAUGUACCAUAUCUAUUUUCUAAAAAUGAUCAAAACAGUGUUAAUCUUUUUAGAUACUGAUACCUCUGGCAUCUCAUAGACAAUUUUCCAACUUAUUAAUCCUUGUAGAGAUAAAAGAAAAGAGUUUUGUAUUUAUGGCUGUAAGUGUUGAAAAAAAUUCUUUGUGGGGAAAUUUUUAUUUUGACAUUUUCCUAGUGAUUAAAACAGUUCACAUGUAUUAUUGUGAAACUAUUGCUCUCUGUUGUACACACCUUGCUGCACACAAAAAUUGUUAUUUUUGAAUGUGAGUGAUUUGUAAAACUGCUCUUUAGGUGUGGUGGCUUUGUGUGUAUAGAUUUCAUAACAUAUUUAUUUUCUGAUAGUAUUGUUGCUUAAUACAGAAAUCCAUUAAUAAUAGCCAACUGCAAAAGUUACAUUUUUAGUUGUCUUUCCAGAUGUGUUUAUUGGUUUACAUAAAGGAAAUUAUUUUAUUAAACACUGACAAAACUGUGGAUAUUUGCCAUUCCAAAUACAUUCUAUUGUCGUAAUUGUCACAUGGCUGUCAUCAGGCAGUAGUGGUUAAAUUCAGAAUGAGCCAUGUCCCUGUGUAUAUCUUGGAAUGAAAUGAAUGAAAACUUUUGUAAAGUUAUGUGUAAAUGGAAGGAAUUAACAUUAUCAUAUUGAGUUUUGUGGAAGGCAAUUGAUACCAGCAGAUGCCAUUUUCUAUUUUGGACUUUAAGAAAAUUGGAAAAAACUUGCAAAUGUGAUAUUUCAUGCAGGAGAUUGUAGAUCUAUGAUAUACAAUUGUAUUAUGUACCUCUUGAAGAGCUGAAAUUGUGAUUGUUAAAAUCUGAACUUUGAAACUACUACUUUUUAUUCCAAAUGGGAAAUUGUCACCACCAGCAUUUCUUGUAUGUGAAAAUGACUAUUUUUAGAACUAUUUUUUCUUGUUGUUGAAUGAAAUUAUUAACAUGCCUAGCACUUCAGUAAUUCUUGUCCAUAAAAGGCCGUAAAAGAGUUGUACUUGUACAGUUCUUUAAAACCUAACUUGUGACUGUGUUUAAUAAAUUAACACACAAUUAUUAUUUAUUACCAGUAGAUCUACAGAUAUCAUUUAACUCUCUGUAUAUAACACACAAAAACAAGCUAAAUUUAUUAUGGUAUGGUUCUGUGCUACUGUAACUGUUGUACUGAAUUGUAAUUUUGCUGACCACAGCAUAAUUGCUUAUCUUUCUUGGGAAUUGGUAGGGAGACAGUGAUAAAAGUAAACAAAUCAUAUUGUUUAUGUGAGUUUAAGACAUGAUCUGAAGUUUUCAAGUAACCAUGACAACUCCCAGUACAUGUACCUGUACAGCUAAAUUUUGUGUUAUUUACAUCACAUAACAAGAAAUAUCUGGGAAAAAUCAUUUGCCUUCUGUAAGAAGAAAUCUGUCUAUUGUAUUCCCUUUCAUGGCACUGCUAUUGUUGACCACUUGAAUGACAGAUAAAUUUCAAAGCUCAGUACUUAUAUUUGUUUACAGGUGGUAGUAAUAGGAGGCUAAUUAGAGCAACCACUGGAAGACAACAAAUUAAUAAUGCCAUUACUUGUGUGGGCUUCAUAAGUACACUCAAGGUCUGCACCUGAGUGAUAAUCCAGUGAACAUUCUAGUAUCUCAAGAGCUCCCUGGACUGAAAAGAUUAUUAAUGAAAUUCAAUAAAAUGAGUUACAAGUGUUUUAAAUUGUAAUUUUAUAAUCUUUGUUAAUUUUCUAUUUUAAUUUCUCACCUGAAUGCUGGGUCAUGUAGAAAAGUAUUUUGUAAGAGACCAUUUUGAUAUUUUCUAAAUUUAUUUCAUUAAAUAUAAAUACCUGAGAGGGUCUGCCAGACUUCUAUUUUAACUGUGAGAUAGUAUUUUAUUGGUUUGUCAUGUAUCUCUGUUUAUAUUUCACGAACAGGCCCAAUAUAUCCAUGUAUGGAGAAUUAAUGCCUAUUCAUGGAAUGCAUUAGUAUAACUGCUUAGAAGAAAUUAUACUUAAGUUCCAUUAUAUAUUUCUGGGUAAAAGGGAUGUAGUAACACAUUAAGCUGUGGCAGUGUCUUUUGAAUUGUAUUUCCUGCAACUUCUCUUUAAAUUGGAUUAGUCAUCUGAAAGGUACCUGAAUGGAAGUAGCAAUUGUGAUUAUGAGUUCUGUUUAUUAUUUUGUGUACAUGUACAUAAUCUGCAGUGGGGACAUUUUGCUAUAAGAACCAUUCCUUGAGCAAUGCAGGGUCUAGCAGUUACCAGUAACAAAAAUCGUUGCAGACAAAUAUUCAUUUCUGAUAUGCAGGCUGUUUAUAAAGAUUGUUGUGUAGUUUGAUGUAUAUGAAGUUCUGAAAGUUGGUAGUCACACUUGCUGAUUGCCUUCUGUUUGUUUUCUACAUAAAAUACGGUUCUGUGAACCAAUAUGUAAGAACAUUUUUCAACCACUGUACAGCAUUUCCUUCAAUAUAUUUGUAUGGCACAGAUGACAUGAUUUAGUAAUGGUAGUUUUAGGGUUGUACAGUUUCAUCUCAUGUCCCAUAGAACAUUUUCAGAUCAUGGUGGUAUUAAUUUACAAAGUGCAAGAAGAAUAUUUGUUGUAGGAAUUAGUGUGGUAUAACAUGUAAUUGUUGCUUGUUACAAUCAUUUUCGUGAAGACAGUGACAUCCCUCCUACCAGAGGAUCAUGACUAAGAAAGUACUGUGAUACUAAAAUAAACAGUUGGGUUUAUGACAGUUGUAUUUUUGUUUAAAAAUUAGAUUCUUUAAAUGAUCCCCAAAGAAAAUAGAAAAGAGAUAGUGCAGUAACUUUAACUAUCUUUCAUUGUAGUGUCUAGAACACGAGGGAUGAAGAUGAGAAGCUCAGAUGUGCACAAACAUUACUGUCAAUACUACAGAGCUAUUGAGUAAAAGCAGUAAAAUACAUUGUAAGCAUUAGUUAUAAGUCACAUUGUUCAGCAUACAUAGUAUGAGUCCUGACCCAGAUGGGUAGCUGUGUGUAGAAAUGGUGUAUAAUAUAAUACUUUUCAGUGGGGUUUUUGCAGACCUUUGUGUCACCUGUAAAUAAACCACAGAAUUUUUUAAAAAAAUUACAGUGUUUCAUGGCCAAUACCAUUCUCAAAAUCAGUUAAUUGUAAGUUUCCUGCCUGUGAAAUGUUUUUGCAUUUACUGCACUUGACACUGCUGGAAAAAUACAUACGUCAUAGGACCACCUCUUAAAGUUUAAGUUAUAUGGUGAAUGACUGCAAGCACUUUCUUGCUUGGAGAUCUUAUAAUUCAGUAAAAUUGUUCAUCUUCAGUAGACUGUUUUAACCUCUCUACCCUAAGAUGGGCAAGUGGAUGUGUCAUCAUUAUUAUUAUCUUAUUAUUAUUAUUAUUAUUAUUAUUAUUUAUUGUUACUAUUGUUCUCUGUGUGUAGAUCCCUUUCCCUCCAUAUGCCCCUUUCAUUUCCACUUAAACCCACAGUUUUGGAAGACUGUUAAUGAAACAGUGUUUUGGCUAUCAGAGUUUCCUUUCCAUUCAAGGGCCAUCAUUCAGACAAGAAGUGCUCAUAGGCACAAGUUCACAAUCCUUAUUUCAUGCUGACAACACAUGUCUAGUUAUUCUGGAUCCCCUCAUGCAGUAAGUGACCUGAUAAUGAGCAUUGUUCCUCAGGGUGAUCAGUCGUGCACUCUAAUAUUAAGAACAUUAAAAAAUGAAAAUAUUACUAAAAUAACAUUUUCUCAGUAUUUGUAAAUGUCAGGGGGUACAUACGUGAAUAUUAAAAAUUAAUCUUUAGAUGUGAUGGGUUCACACCAUUAAAGAAAAAGAAGAAAAUUCAUAUUUCCUCGUUAUCUAUAUCAACAGCUACAUUCUAAAAGAAAGUGCAGAAUUAGGGAUUGCUCGAAUGCUACACCUGACUGGCUGUAAAGAUGUCAUUUGUCAUUCGUCCUUCAAAAGAUAUCCUAAAAAAUACUCCCUAAUUGCAAAGAAAACCAUUCACACACAUUGUUUUUUAUCUUCUUCUUCCUUCUACUUUUUAAGUUUUACAUCUGUAAAUAUUGUAAAUACUAUUUCAUAUAUCUCUCUCUCUCUCUCUGUGUGUGUGUGUGUGUGUGUGUGUGUGUGUGUGUGAGGGGGAGAGAGAGAGAGAGAGAGAGGGCAACACAAAAAUGUCUAGUGGAAACAUUUAGUUUUUGGAAAUAAUGUACUAUUUUAGCUUUAACGAAUAGCAUUUUGUAAUACAGAAACUACUUGAAGUGUCACAAGCAGUAGUUCAUUAUUUAUGGUACCUUUUCCCAUAACCUUUUUGUGAAUAUUGUAAAUAUGUAUUUAAAUUAAUAUGAAAUGUGUCUGAUGUGAUAAUUUUAUGUAAUGUACUGUCUCAGUUGAAAUGCAUGUAAGUUUUGAAAAUAAAUAUUUUUGUUAAUAUAUA